UGGCCUCUUAAAACCCGAACCCUAGAGUUAAAACCCUAACCCCUAAAAGUAUAUCUGCUACUCUCGCUCUCCCACUCUAGACGAGCUUCAAUGGCGGACUCUGUGAUAUCAGUGGACAAGAUCAAAGCUUUCUGGCACUCUCAGGUUCAUGACGAAGAAAAGUGGAAUCUCAACAUGAAACUGCUUCGAGCUUCAGCUCUCUUUGCUGGUUCCAUCAUUUUGAUGCGCCAGUAUGGUGAUCUCAUGGCUAUCUGAAGAGGAAGUCUGAUAUUCAUUCUGGGCUUCAGAGUCCAUUCUCACUAAGACCGAAUCUCUACUCCCCCUCCCCCCUUUCUGUAUGAAGUACGAAUGUUACGAAAGAUUAACUACCUCAUCUGUUUGAUGCCCCCUUACUGAAAACUUCUAAAUACUCUUUUCCAGAAUUUUAGGUACUUUGUUAUUUCACUUGCUUCCUGAUUCGUGGUCCUAUUUCUAAUACUAGUAUGUAAUUUAUAGAUGCAGUGCUAUCAAUCAAUGUGAACCUAGGUAAUAUAAAUGGA